UUUAAAAUUACUAUUUUAAAGUAUUUUUCGAUACACUGAGUUGACAGCAAUUUAGCCUGCAAAAGCUAGCACAGUUUACUGUUGGACUUCCAAUGAAGCAUUUUCUUUAAGGAACGCCCACUCUCCGUUCCUAUUGGCCAGGUGGGACUGGAGUCAUAUUUCGUAGUUAAUAACUCGGCCCGUGAUUGGCUGUCCACUUUGUCACUCAUCUUUUCACCACUUGUUGCUAAGGAGAUUGUGUGAUUGCCGCUUUAACGGAAGUAAAAUAGUAAAUAUUAGCAGAUGCACCUGUCACUUUGGGGGGUUAAACUUAGAAGUGGGCUAACUAUAUCACCCGGCGACACAUCUUAUCGAAGAUGCGUUAUACCUUGGUUAUAGAUGUAUACUAGCUAUAGCUGGUCCGAAAAGAUAAGGUUGCUAACACAGCCAUCGUCAUAAGGACAAAGGUAGGCGCAGCUGUGCGGGAGGAGGGAGGAACCCAGCCCGUCACCCAACGUCGGUUCGUGCGUGAGCUAGUCCGGUGAGCGUUCUUGACUCCCAUUCACCUUCAGCGGGAUCCGAUAGAAGUAGUUGCUCGGUCAAGGGUGGGGUUAUGCCUAAACUCCCGGCUCCAUCACUGUCUGCUUGAAUAUCCGAGAAUAGAAAAGGUCAGGCGAUGCGAACUAACAUCACUUUUCCAGUCUUGGGAGGAUAAAGUGGUUGCAUUUGGCUAGCAAGUCCUGUACAAUGUUCUCAACACAUAUGGGACUAAAAGAUGAAAGUCUUUUGAAGAACAAUCCAAAGAGGCAUGAUUCUAAGAAGUGGAAACCUCAACUUGGAUUUUAACACCUUUUAGGCACAAAUAACCUUUUGGUUGUUUUUUUUUUUAAACACCUCGCCCCCCACUUCUUUCCACUUCUAUGUUCAUGUAUCUGUUUUCCUCUCCUAGUAUUAGCACAGAGUCAUUAAGCAAGCAGAAUUGGUCCUUUUUUUGUUGUUAUUUUUUUACUUUUAUUUUUUGUUCCUUUGAAAAGAAAUGCUUUACCUGAAAAAGUACUUCACAGAGGGCCUGAUUCAGUUCACCAUCCUUUUGAGUCUCAUUGGGGUGAGGGUGGACGUUGACACUUAUUUAAGCAAUCAGUUGCCCCCACUAAGGGAGAUCAUCCUGGGGCCUAGCUCAGCUUACACGCAGACACAGUUUCACAACCUGCGCAACACGCUGGAUGGCUAUGGGAUCCAUCCAAAGAGUGUGGACCUCGACCAUUUUUUCACAACUCGACGGCUGCUAAACCAGGUGCGCCAGCUGGACCGCCUCUCUGUCCCCAGCACAGAACUCAACACCUGGCUAGUGCAUCGAGAGACCGAGACAGUGGUGUCCACCAGCAGCCAGUCCAGCCCCAGCAUAACCCUGGACAAUGGGGCCAGCCUAGAGGACAUUAACAACAUCGACUCGACCCCGGCCAUGAGAGGAGGAGCUGCAGCCCCUGAAUCCUCAUACAACUUGAAUGCAGCGGACAGCAGCCUGGGAGCCGUGGCCCCAGAGGGUAAUCAGGAGCAGAGCAGCGCGGAUGGCAAUGAUGACCUUACCAAAGAGGACAUUGACUUAAUUGACAUCUUAUGGCGGCAGGACAUUGACCUUGGUGCAGGAAGAGAAGUGUUCAACUACAGCAAUCGUCAGAAGGAGAGUGAGGAAAAGCCCAGCUUGCUGGAAAGCAAAGACAGGAAUGAGGAACGGGAGAGCUGGAGAAAUGGCAUAAACCUACAGGGCACUCCGCCUGUGGACGGAGAGACGGGAGAGAGCAUUCCAGAGCAGCUGGCAGGUCUCAGCUCACAGACUUCACUGUCAUUGCAAGAGUGCUUGAGGCUUCUGGAGGCCACUUUUCCUUUUGGAGAAGAAGCUGAGUUUCCAGCCCCGGAUGUUACCGAGGAAAUAUCAGUUUCCAACGAAGAAGCUCCUUCCACAUCUCAGAGCCUGCCUCUGGGGUCUCAGCUGCCCGGAGAUGAGCCACAGUUAGACCUGGAGCAGCAAUGGCAAGACAUCAUGGCCAUCAUGGAGCUGCAGGCAUUGGAAGUUAACACUACCGAUCCACAGACUGACUUCAGCAGCGCAAGUGCACCAAAUGGGACAACUGAUGCAAACACUGUGGCAAACUUUGGACUUGCCACCCGCUCCACACCCAUAAAUGAAGACGUAAGCCUUCACCAGGCCUCCAUCCCUAGCUGUAGCCAGGACUUUCCCCAGAUCUUCAACUCGCAGCUGGAUUCUACAAGCAUCCCUCCACCAAGAGCCAGCAUGCCCAGACUUUCCUCAAGCAACUCCUCUAACAUCAACUCCACUUUUGGAGCAACCAAUCUGACUGGGAUUUUUCUUCCACCGCCCAUCAAUGGCUCCAGCAGCAACAUCACAUCCACACCCACCUUACCAGAUCCAUUUGCCACCUUGCUGGAGGAAUCUAUGCUCGAUGAAAUCAGCCUGCUGGACCUCGCCAUGGAAGAGGGCUUUAGCCAGGCCCAAGCAUCCCAGCUGGAAGACGAACUUGACUCGGAUUCGGGUCUUUCCCUGGACUCCAGCCACAGCCCUGCAUCUCCAAGCAGCUCUGAGACAUCCUGCUCCUCUGCAGCUUCUUCAUCCUCAACUUCAGCCACCUUUUCAGAGGAAGGAGCUGUUGGCUACAGUACUGACUCCGAGGUGGCCACUGCAGAGACGGAGGAGGGUGCUGUCGGUGGAUACCAGUCUGAGUAUAGCAAGCUGUGUCGCAUGAGCUACCAGGACCUCUCCCAGUUCCACCCCCAACUCGACAGCAUCAGUCACAAUCACACUUACAACCUGCCACUUUCCUCUGCUUUCUCUGAGGACCCGGAGCUCCCUCUGACAGCGGGGAAGAAGACCAUCCGCGACAAACACAGCUCCAAGCUUCAGCCUCCUCAGGACCUGCUGGACAAGCACUCGAGCCGCGACGAGCGCAGAGCCCGGACCAUGAAAAUCCCCUUCUCCAAUGAAAAGAUCAUCAACCUUCCAGUGGAUGAAUUCAACGAGCUUCUAGCCAAGCACCAUCUGAAUGAAGCCCAGCUCGCUCUUAUCCGCGACAUCCGCAGGCGUGGCAAGAACAAGAUGGCAGCCCAGAACUGUCGCAAGCGCAAGCUGGACGCCAUCAUCACCCUGGAGCAGGGCGUCCAAGACCUGAGGCGCGACAAAGCCCGUCUGCUGAAAGAGAAGAUGGAGUUCCUUCGCUCCAUCCGGCAGAUGAAACACAAGAUGCAAAGUCUGUACCAGGAGGUGUUCAGUCAGCUGCGGGACGAGGAGGGCCGGCCCUAUCCUCCCAGCCAGUACUCCCUGCAGUACAGUGCUGACGGCAGCGUGCUGAUCAUGCCCCGCAGCGUGACCGCCGCAGAGCAGAACCGUAAGCCCGAGAAAAAACAGAAGGACAAAAAAAAAUGAGGCGGGACAACAGCAGUUUAUUCUAUCACUUUGCUAAAUCGGUAAGACUUAAGCAGAUGCAAAAGAGAUGUCCUUUUGUUCCUUUAAGAUUAUUCUGGUGAGUAGGAACAUGGCGUUGGCUACUCCUUCCUCCUGCUUUAGUUUUUCUCUUUUCACUCUGUUCCUGCAGUUUUUUUUCCUGGAAACAAUUUUGAAGCAGAAGUAGCUCUUUGUUUGAGUAACAAUGUUUCAUUAUUUAGAAGGGAGAUAUAAAAAGGACUUAAAACGGGCUAUUUAGGAGAAAAAAAUGCUCUUGAUCCUUUUGCACCAUUCUGAGGGUAAAGAGGAGGAUCAGCAGGGGAAAAAUGGAGGUGAAUGGACGGCGGCUGUAGCAGCUAUGCACUGGAGGUUUAAAGGACUGUCGGAUGUCAGCCCAGCAUGAAGAGGCUCAGUGAUUUUUCAGUCACUGAAGCUUUUAAGUUGCAAACAUGGAGUCAAAGAACAGCACCUGCAAUUGUGAGUGUUUCAAUACCAAAGGCUGAAGGAGGUCCAUCAUUUUAGAAUGCCAUUAACAUCCAUACUAACCAAAGGUUGGAUGGUGCGCAUAACGUGAUCUGUAUCCAUUCUAAAGGCUCAAAUGCUAUUGCACUCUUGUUUUGUGGGGUUGUGGUUUAAACCCUGGUUUUUGACUCAGUUUAUUGGCAGCGUCUUAAAGCCCUUAAAUGAACGGAGUCUGGAUGGGGAAGUUGGAUGUAAGGAGUUGGAGGCUGACGGUUGGUGUGCUGGCCGCUGCUAAAAGAGGCCUGAAGGUGGAGUCCCACAAGACAAACAGAGAGAUUUUUGAGAGGAGGCACACCGCAUUGCAAAAUGUAACGACUUCCUUAUAAAUUAUACAUAGCACUGUAAUUUGUCUUUGAGAGGCUUGGCUGUAUGUCUGUUGCUUUCCCUUCUCUGCAGAUUAAAAUAUGGGAGCUGCCUUUGGGAGGUUCUUAUUAACUUUUUAUGAUCUGUAGUAAAACAAGGUUAUUGAUCUAGCCACAUCAGCUUUAUUUACAAGAAUGCACCUUUUUCUGUUUAUUUGAAGAAGAAGAAAACUUGCACAGAGCCUGUAAUCUCGUGAAGAUUUGAACAUGCUGUGAUGGUCCUACCGUUCCACAGAGUUCUUUAUUAUUUACAUGGAAAUCAGCUAUAACCGAUAUGUUGGUUUGUUGUUGGAAGCCUAAUUUAAAGAGGAGAGCUCAAUUUGAUGUAGGUAGAAGUUUCCCUUUGAAAUAUUUGUCAAAGAAAUGCUCACAAGUUUUCACACCCUGGAAGAAAAAGUGGAAAUUUGACUUGUGCUUAAAGAAAAGUUCUCCUCAAAUGACUCCACAUAUUCACAGAUAUUCUUGGGAGCUCCUGUUUAUAGAUUUAGCUAGCCACUGAAGUUUUAGUCAAAUGUACUGCAAUGAUAAUACAAUCUGUAAAGUGUUUCUGUCUUUGAGACCACAAAGACUGAAAGGAUGUCAGACAGAUGCUGGCAUAGAAGUUGAAUGAACUUUUACUUCCAACAUUUUGGCUGUUUUGGAUAAAUUAGUGCCUGAUAGCAACAGUUUUCAGCAUUCCCAGUUAUUUAUGGAAAUCCAGUGUUGUCUGUAUUUGAAUUUUCUCAAAUAUAUGAAAGUUAAAAAAUGUACAUAGUAAAUUUACGGCAUGAGCAGAUGAGGUUUGAGGCUAAAAGCAUGCUCCAAAGAUGCAGAUGGGCUCCGUUUACACUGAUCACAUUUUUCAUCUGGAUUAAUAUUUAUAUAAAUCCUAGUAAAAUAGAAACUUGAUUCAUCCGGGGUGUGUAAACUCCUGAGCAUAACUGGAUCUGCCAGCUGUAGGCAUUUUCAAGCUGAUGAAGCUUUUGUCUAGAAUACUAGAGGUCCUGCAUCUUCUUUUGAGCUAUGUUGAUAAAGUGAGCCACAUUUUUUAAACAAGAUAAGUUAUGAGAACAUGAGAAAUGAGUGUGUGUGUCUGUGUAUGGGGGUGGAUGUGUGUUGGGAUGUGUGUUGGGCCACUUUGAAUGCCUUCAUUUAAUAAUCUUACCAUCGUCCCUUUAAGGGUGUUAAGAUCCAACAAGGAACGUUCUUAAAGUAGAAGUGCUAUUACUUGUCUAUUUGAAUGAAGUCCGUCAGUGAGUGUGUUAUGUCACCUUCUUUUUUUCACUUUUUUUUAAGUCUCGUUGCAGCUCAGAUAGUCUAGAAUAUUUAGAAGCUGAACCGGACUUGCAACUCCAAGAUGUCCAAAAAAGAAAAACUGUCUUUGAAAGGAGAGAUGUCUUCAUUAAAUGUGAUAUUCAGGCAUGAAACUCUGGUUAACAUUCACUUCAGUGUAACUCAGUGCAAAGCCAACUACAAAGUACUGCUACUAUUUAGUGCACUUUCCUUUUGUCUGUCUUGUUAUGUAAAUAUUUUCAUGUUUAUGAUUUCAUGCAGUUCGUCAAGUGUCCAUAACAAGUCUCCUCCAAUAUGCUUUGAAUUUGGAUGUAGUUCCUGUUUUAAGGUUUCUGUUGGCAAUCAAUUGUUUUUAUUGAUUAAUAAUAAAGUGUUUUUAUUUUCACCUGUGA